AUGGCGGCAAAUCCAAGCCACCAACUAUAUCGGAUAGAUGUAGAUUUUGUGGACCCUGAUACUUUCCAAUGGUCCUUCUCACCCGAUACUCUUCCCUUGAUAGCAUACGCGCAUCAUUAUACAUAUGACGAUGAUUCGGCGGAAUUAGAAAAUCCCACUGUGAUCACACAAUCGCUGGCUGUGCCGUUCUGUGUGCUAGAGUCUAAUGAUGAUGAGGCUGCAUUCUUAUUCUUCUCCACCGCCCUCGCUCACAUGGGAGUCACUGUAGAUGGCCCUCUAUUCGAUCAGCUCCUCUACAAUUGUCGUCACAUGAACAAUAUUGUAAGAGCUAACAUCAUCAACAACGCCGUACGCACAGUUUUUCUUCACGUAGAAGUUCGAAGAUGGCCGUCCAAUUACUAUAUAUAUGGAACUACCGAUGAUGAUAAUGAUGAUGCAAUAUUAGCUCGAGCUAUAGAGGAGUCAUUGGAGGAGGCGAUGCAUGAUGAUGAUAUUGAUGAUGCAAUAUUAGCUCGAGCUAUAGAGGAGUCAUUGGAGGAGGCGAUGCAUGAUGAUGAUAUUGAUGAUGCAAUAGCUCGAGCUAUGGAGGAGUCAUUGGAGGAGGCGAUGCAUGAUGAUGAUAUUGAUGACGCAAUAGCUCGAGCUAUGGAGGAGUCAUUGGAGGAGGCGAUGCAGAUGGUACCGGCAAUUCCAUCUUCUCUCCACACGUUGGAGAAGGUGAAGUUUGAUGGUUCUUGUUGCAUGAAUCAUCAGUGUUUAGUUUGUCUGGAGACGUUUCUGGUGGAUGAGGUGAUCACUUGCAUGCCCUGCUCUCACCUCUACCAUGAAGACUGCAUCAUCAAGUGGCUAAAGACCAGUCAUGUUUGCCCAUUGUGCCGGUUUGAGAUGCCAGCUGUUAACUGA